AUGAGUUCAGCAUCGAGCACUGUAACGGCAACUCCAACUACCGACUCAAUUGAAACCAUUUUUUUUAAAACAACAAGUCCAAUUCAUAAAAAUGCCGAUCCAAAUUUAAUGAAUUUAUUUUGUUCAAAAGUAAAUUCCGAUCCUGAAGGUCAUCAUCAAGCAAUUCGUUUAAUAGCUCAUAAAAUUCAAUCACCACAAGAACACGAAGCAUUAAGAACAUUAGAAUUACUUGAUGUUUGUGUUCAAAGUUGUGGAAGAAGAUUUCAUCAAGAAAUUGGAAAAUUUCGUUUUCUUAAUGAAAUGAUUAAACUUGUUUCACCUAAAUAUUUAGCAAGUCAUACAUCAGAAAAAGUUAAGAAAAAAGUAAUUGAACUUUUAUAUUCAUGGACACAAAGUUUACCGAGUGAAAUAAAAAUAAAUGAAGCAUAUCAAAUGUUAAAACGUCAAUCAAUAAUAACUGAAGAUCCUAUUUAUAUAAAUAAACCAUCAAUAAUACCAUUAUCACAAAAAACAAAAUCAAUAUUUGAUGCUGAUGAAGAAAAAAGCAAAACUCUUCAACGUUUAUUAAAAAGUCGAAAACCUGAAGACCUUGAACAAGCAAAUGUGCUAAUUAAAAGUCUUGUGAAAAAAGAUGAAGAAAAAAUCGAAAAAUUAUCAAAUAGAGCAAGUGAAUUAGAAAAAGUUCAAAAUAAUAUUCGAGUUUUAUCUGAAAUGCUUAUUCAUUAUAAUCAUUCAACUGUAACUGAAGCGGAAAAAGAAACAAUGAGUUAUUUACAUGAUGAAUUAGAAAAAUUUCGACCAGUUUUAUUUCGAUUAGCAACAGAAAGUGAAGAUGGAGAUGAAGGACUUGGUGAAAUAUUAUCGGUAAGUGAUUCAUUAUCACGAAUAUUAUCACAAUAUGAACGGUUAGUUACACAAGACAAUUAUAAUAAAGAUGAUAAUGUUCUUCCUUUAUUUGAUAAUAUUCUUCCUGUUUCAACAAGUUCUACUCAACAUACAUUAAUCGAUUUAGCUGAAAUAUCAAAUAAUUCAUCAAAUAAAACUAAUGAAACAAAAUCUGCUGCAAGUGAACUUGAUGAAUUAUUUGGAUCAAUUAAAAUAAAUUCUGAUAAUACAAAUAAUAGUGCAUCAUCAUCAUCAUCAUCAUCAUCAUCAAAUACACGUGAAAAUGUUAAUCAACUUGAUGAUUGUUUACCUAUUUUUCCAAUAGCAAAUACAAAUACAAAUACAAAUACAAAUAAAACAAAUAAUCAAAUUUUAUCAAUAAAGAAUACAAAUGAAGGAGUAACUACAAAAAAAGGUGGAAUUUUUGAUGAUUUACAAGAUCUUCUUGUUGAUCAAUCAACAGGACAAAAAAUCUCAAUUAAAAGAAAAAUAAUAAAUUAUUGUUUUUAUUCAUUUCAAUCAACAAGUUCAAAUUCAAAUAAAAUUCCAUUAAAUGAAAUGAAAAAUUCUUCAUCAUCAAAAUCAUUAGAAAGUGAAUUAUCAUUUCCAAUAAUAUCUCUUGAAUCUAUUCGUCCAUCAUCAAUAAAUCCCUCAAUAAAUAUAAAAUUAACUCAUCAAACAGGUCUUCAUUGUGUUCUUCAUAUUGCUCGAGAUUCUCCACGUCCUGAUAUCAUUGUUUCUGUAUUAACUGUUACCAAUACAAAUACUUCAAAUACAAUUAAUAAUUUUCAUUUUCAAGUAGCUGUACCCAAAAAUAUGCGAAUCAAAUUACAAAAUCCAUCAGCUAGUGAUUUACCUCAAUACAAUCCAAUAUUACCACCACAAGCUAUAACACAAAUUUUAAUUGUAUCAAAUCCAAAUAAAGAAGCAGUUCGACUAAGUUAUAAAUUAAGUUAUUAUUUAUCAGGCGAACAAAUAAAUGAAUUUGGUGAAAUAGACAAUGGAUUUCCUAUUAAAUUACUUGAGAACGAAAUUAAUUCAAAAUCUAUUGAACAAUCUAAACAAAUAAAAUGUAAUAUUAUAGAUCUUGGAAUAAUUGAUGAUGAAAUAUCGGAAAAUAUUUUAAUCUCAUUUGAUAAUCUUCGUAUUCCAUCUGAAUUUAAUAAAAUAAUUCCAUUUAUAUCAACAUUAAAACAAGUUCAAUCUUAUGAAGAUAUUUAUCUUCGUCGUUAUAUUCGUUCUUCAAUAAUUCCAUUAGAAGAUUUUUAUCAAAGAAUUUCUAAUCGAAUAAAUCAAACAGAUAUUGAUAAACGUGAUUUAUUAUUACUUGAAUUAUUAAAAUGGUUUAAAGAAGAAUUUUUUAGUUGGUUUGAUCGUCCGAAUUGUGAUCGAUGUCAAAAAUUAAUGAACUUUUUUCAAUAUGUUCAACCAACAAGAGAAGAACGAGAACAAGGAGAUGCACAUAAAGUCGAACUUUAUAAAUGUUCAACAUGUUCAUCUCAAUAUCGUUUUCCUCGUUUCAAUGCUCCAUUAAAGUUAUUAGAAACUCGUUGUGGCCGUUGUGGUGAAGCUGCAAAUCUUUUUACUUGUCUUUGUCGUUCGUUAUCAUUUGAAAGUCGUUAUAUUUAUGAUACAACUGAUCAUGUUUGGACUGAAGUUUAUUCUGAAAAUCAACGUCGAUGGCUUCAUUGUGAUUCAUGUGAAAAUCUUUGUGAUUCUCCACUUAUUUAUGAAAAAGGAUGGAAAAAAGAUUUAUCAUAUUGUAUUGCUUUUGCUAAAGAUCAUAUUGAAGAUGUUACUUGGAGAUAUGUUACUCAUUUUAAACAAACAAUAUUAAGAAGAAAUAUUAAUGAAAAUAUUUUUGCCAAAACUCUUUCUCAAAUUAAUCAACAACUUCAAUUACAACUUAAUCAACAAGAAAAAAACAAAAUAAUAUCCAUUCGAAUUCAAGAUAUAGUUAGUAUGUUACAUGAAGAAAAAUUAACAAAAGAAAGUGAAUUACAUGGAAGACAAAGUGGUUCACUUGCUUGGAAAUUAGCACGAGGAGAAACAGAUCAACAAGAUGAUAUAACAAAUGGAUUUGUUUAUUCAAUAAAUAAUGAAGAAUGUGAAAAAGGUUUUAUUUCUAUUGAAUAUAAUUCAAUAUUAGAUAAAUAUUUUCGUAAUGGUAUUGAAGAAAAUAAAAAAGAUGGAUGGAUUGAUAAAGUUUAUUCAUCUUCAAAUAUUCAAAGAAAAAUUGAAAAAGAUUGGAAAAUGGUUUAUUUAUCAAGAAAAAAAUUAAAUAAUAAUGGAAUUAUUUCAUGGUUUAUACAAUUUAAAUCUGAACAAGAACAAUUUUAUCAAUUUCAUCGAAUAAAUAUUCAAUGUCCAUCAACAACUUUUGAUCAAUAUGCUCAAGUUAUUUGUCAAUUACAAAUUGGAGAUCAACAAUUUAUUGAUUUACCACAAAAUUCAAAUUCAUCAUUUGAAUAUAUUAUAGAUGAGAAAAUAAAUUCUUUAUCAAAUACUCGAAUUACUUUUAAAAUAAUAUUAACAAGUUCAAAUGACAAUAAUGAUGAUAAUGCUUGGCAAAAAGUUCAAUUAUUUCGACAAUCAAUAGAACAAAUAUCAGAUGAUGAUCAAUCACAUUUUCUUAAAAUAAAUGCUACUAUUAUUAAAAAACAUUCAAAUUAA